GUUUUCAACUCUCCGGUGGCAUUUCAUCACCUACCCACCUCAUCAAGUUUCUUCCUUUUCUGUUUUCCAUUAUCUGAUUUUCACAAAUUCUUUACUGUCUUUGAAAAAAAUCACAUGCAAGAGUAAUCUAGAGUGUCUUUCCUAACUGUCAGUGAAUUCUCUUCGACAUAUACCCAACUUCCAAACAAUCUAUUUCAAGAUUGAUCAUGGUUGGAUUAACUGACCUAGUUUGUUCAAUUUCAAUCUGUGUAAGCCUUAAAGUUCACUCUUUACCACCCAUUUGUCACUUGAAACACUUUUUUGUUUUCAUCUCCUGGGUUUCUCUAUAAAACCCGCCUCAAGUUUCUCUAUAAAACCCGCCUCAAGUUUCUCUCCACUUCCUCACAUUCACUCACUCUGUUUUCAUUGCUCUGUUUUCAGUACUCUGUUGCUCUGUUUUCAGUACUCAAAAUAUGACCAAAUAUGAGAGCAUGUUCACAAUGAGGAACUUGCUUGUGCUGUCUCUGGCGCUCAAUCUGAGCUUGAUUACUAGGGUAUUCUUCGACGGUGAAAAACAUGGGCUCUUCUUCUCUGUGGAGAACCAGAAGCAGAGAGGUCCAUCAUUUGCUGCAGACAAGGAAGCUCACGCAACCCAGAAGACUCUUCAGUCACUUUCUUCGUCUGGUCAAGAAGGCAUGGAAAAAGUCAUCAACCUCGACCAUGGUGAUCCGACUAUGUACGAAAAGUACUGGAUGAUGAUGGGUGAGAGAACCACCGUUGUGAUACCUGGUUGGUACUCCAUGAGCUAUUUCUCAGACAUUAAAAACCUCUGCUGGUUUUUGGAGCCCGAGUUUGCCAAGCAGGUCAUCAGACUACACAAAGCCGUUGGGAAUGCCGUCACUGAAGGGCGUCACAUUGUGGUUGGGACAGGUUCAUCUCAGCUCAUUUUAGCUGCGCUUUUCGCUCUUUCUCCAAAAGAUGGAUCUGAGCCAAUGAGUGUCGUAUCUACAGCCCCAUUCUACUCGUCUUACCCCGUGAUGAGCAACUACCUCAAAUCGGGCCUGUACAACUGGGCUGGAGAUGCCCGAAGCUUCAACAAAGAAGGCCCGUACAUCGAGUUUGUCACCUCUCCGAAUAACCCUGAUGGAUUUGUCAGGCACUCUAUGGUUAAUCGAACUGGAGGUAUAUUGGUCCAUGAUUUGGCUUACUACUGGCCACAGUAUACCCCCAUUCCCUCGCCUGCAGACCAUGAUCUGUCAUUGUUCACUGUCUCAAAAGCCACUGGUCAUGCCGGGACGCGCAUUGGGUGGGCUCUAGUGAAAGAUGCAGAAGUAGCAAAGAAAAUGAUCAAAUUCAUAGAGCUCAACACCAUUGGCGUGUCCAGGGAUUCACAGCUCCGAGCUGCCAAGAUCUUGGAAGUCUUGACCAACACCACUGAAAAACAUGGCAGCUCAGAUUCUGGGGAAUCCUUCUUUGAGAAAAGUUACCACCUCAUGGCAGAGAGGUGGCGGCUGCUUCGAGCGGCGGUGAACAAUGGCAGAAUGUUUAGUCUGCCUGACUUUGCACCAGGGUUCUGCCACUUUCUUCAACAGGAGACGCAGCCUCAACCUGCUUUCGCGUGGCUCAAAUGUGAGGACGAUGCAGUGGAGGAUUGUGAAAGCUUCCUCAGAGGGCACAAGAUUUUGACCCGAGGAGGAAGACACUUUGGGGUUAGCCCAAAGUAUGUCCGCAUAAGCAUGCUGGAUAGGGACAUAAACUUCAUUUUGUUUCUGAAGCGAUUGUCCAAAAUCCAGUCAUGACAUCGUACUGGCGCUGCUCCUUCCUCGAGCUGUUUGGAACCAAUUUGGCAGAGGCUGCAUUGGUAUGAGGGGACACUGAGGAAGGAGAAGGAGAGUGUGAUCAGUUGGUUUAUGUGUAGAAUAGUAAUAGAAAGUGCUGAAAUUUGUACUCGUUAAUUUGAUCGCAUGGUUUUUCUCGGU